AGCGAGGAAGGAGGAGGAGGAGUUUGGAAGUGUAGUGACAAAGCUAGACCGCGUGAUGGAUUUCUCCAGAAAACGUAAGCGCAGUCGAUGGAAUGAUGAAACUCCAGACCAGAAGACUAUUAUACCCGGGAUGCCUACAGUAAUACCUCCAGGGCUCAGUCGUGAUCAGGAAAGAGCUUAUAUAGUUCAACUGCAAAUUGAGGAUCUGACGCGCAAGCUUCGCACAGGAGACCUGGGAAUCCCCCCUAACCCAGAAGACAGGUCUCCAUCUCCAGAACCAAUUUAUAACAGUGAAGGGAAGCGGCUGAACACACGAGAGUUCAGAACACGCAAGAAGCUGGAAGAGGAACGGCAUAACCUCAUCACUGAAAUGGUGGGGUUGAACCCUGAUUUCAAGCCACCUGCAGACUACAAGCCACCAGCUACCCGUGUCAGUGAUAAGGUCAUGAUACCUCAGGAUGAGUACCCAGAGAUCAACUUUGUGGGGUUGCUUAUAGGGCCUCGGGGGAACACAUUGAAGAACAUUGAAAAGGAGUGCAAUGCCAAGAUCAUGAUACGUGGUAAGGGUUCUGUGAAGGAGGGCAAGGUUGGCAGAAAAGACGGACAGAUGCUUCCUGGAGAAGAUGAACCCCUUCAUGCCUUGGUAACAGCCAACACUAUGGAAAACGUGAAGAAGGCAGUUGACCAGAUUCGUAAUAUUCUAAAACAGGGCAUAGAAACUCCGGAGGAUCAGAAUGAUUUGCGUAAAAUGCAGCUGCGAGAGCUUGCUAGGCUGAAUGGUACGCUGCGAGAAGACGACAACAGGAUACUGAGACCAUGGCAGAGCUCUGAACCUAGAAGCAUCACCAACACUACAUUGUGCACAAAAUGUGGAGGAGCAGGACACAUAGCUUCCGACUGCAAAUUUACUAGUGUAACUGCGCGCCCUGGUGAACCACAGUCUGCCCAGGACAAAGCAAGAAUGGAUAAAGAGUAUCUGUCCCUCAUGGCUGAACUGGGAGAGGCCCCUGUACCCUCACCUAUGGGUCCUGCUUCAGUUCCAUCCCAUAAUCCUGUUCAAGGAGGGCCCCGUCCAGCUGCACUGACGGGAAACACACCUCCCAUGAACCGUCCGCCUUGGAUGACUCCUGAUCGUCCAUUUCCAGCUCUCCAUGGUAGUCCCCAUUCUUUUCCACACCAUAUGGGAAAUGCAGGGAAUGGACCUCCCCUCCAUCAUAACACCGGGGGACCACAUCAUCACUGGAUGCAACCACACCAUUCUGGCCCACAUCCUAUGGGUCUUUUGCAUUCUCAUCCAAUGGGCCUGAUGCCACCACCACCUCCACCCAGUGGGCCAGCCCCUCCACCACCCCCACCUUCUGCACCAUCUCUACCCCCUUGGCAGCAGCAAGCUACUGGUGCCCCUCCCCAAACUGGAGGUCAUUUACCUUGGCACCAAAGUUCACCAACAACAGUAUCUGGAACAGCUUCUCUCCCUCCAUGGCAACAGGGAGCUGGAAGUACUACAUCUAGCUCUGCCCCCCAACUACAGACAACAGCCUCCCUAGUGCCUCCUCUUCCAGGUGUUCAGCCACCAUUGCCACCAAGUGCUCCACCCCCUCCCCCACCUCCUCCCCCAGGCACAUCUGGUCUUCUGUAUGCUCCACCUCCCCCACCACCACCUCCUUUAGAUCCCUCAAACUAUGUCACCAUGAUGGGAAUGGGUGUACCAGGUAUUCCCCCAUUUUCUAUGCCUCCUGCUCCUCCUCCACCACCACCACCUCAGAACUAAAUUUGACGGUGGACCUUUUUAAUACAAACAGCGAAUAGGGGUGUUUGCACUAUUCUUUAAAAGUGAGUGCCCCUUCCCCAGUGUCUGGCUACUUCAAAUACUUAAAAAUGAUUGGUGCUGUCCCUCUCAUAAUGUGUGACGUAGUAGUGUUUACUACAACAUCUGGUUCCCCUAGUUUAACAGUGAAACUCCAUCCCUCAAAUGUGACUGUACUGUCUGCGCAGCACAACUGAAGAGAUGUUUUAUUGAAUUCUGAAGGGAUAUUGUGCCCUUGCCUGUACCUAAUUAUUUCUGGUCUCCUAGAACUACAGUACUUUGCUUGUUCUGUUACAUUAAUUCUUCCUUUCACAAAUUGCUUGUUACUUAAAUGUAUUGAAAUGCUAAUAUACAUCUUUUGUUUAUAUGACAGCCUUUUUUUUUUUUUAAAUAUACAUAUGUAUAUGAAUCCAUAAUUUGACAUACAAUAUAUUGUGCAUGCCCUAAGGUGUUGGUGCCAUUUGCACAUAUCCAUUUUAUUUUUCAGUCUAUUGUUGAGUAUUUGAGACAAACGCUGAGCAAAUCCCUUGAUAAAGUAACACUUCAACCCUGCACACUGUAAGAUUCGGUUGGUAGCACUUGCCUUCUAUGUGCAAAUUAACAUGCUUGGUUAUACAAAAUCCUGCCGUAGCUGCAUUUUAGUAAUAUAAUACAUCAUGCUUUCAUAUAAAAAAAACUUUCUUAAAGUUCCUUAAUAUAAAGGGAACUGUUAAGGACUUUUGCAGCCUUUUAUAAAAGUAAUGUCCUAAUGGAAAAGAUUGUUAGUGUCAAAGCUUAGAGGUAACGUAUGAAAGAUUUAAUGUUGCUUCUUUGCAAAACCUUUGUCAUAAAGUUCUCAUCCCAGACAGUUAUUCAGUAUUCCACAGCAGAUAUAAAACUGCCUUCCUAGAUUAUAGGCGCUAUGUUCUUGGAUUGUGUUCUUUAGUCCCUCUGCCAACUUUUUAGAUACGGAUUGUAUUUAACUGCUUAGUCCAGGUACUUUACAACUUUAGUAAGUUGCUGCUUUGAUUGUUGAAUACUUGUUAAAGGCCCCAGCAUCAAUUAUGCCUUUUGGUUGUAUACAACAGUCACCAUUUUUAAGAUCCUCUUGAGGGAGGGGCCAGGUGUACUAUUUAGCUAGGGAAACACAUUUCUGUGCCCUAAUGCUUGCUUUUUUUUGUGACUGAUUACUCUGUAAUAAGGGCCUGUCCCUGAAUUAAAAUACAUUUUUAAAAAAAA